AUGGGCAAAACUAAUCUGGCCCGUUUCGAAAGCUUCACCGAGUUCAAUGAACCUUGCUUGUGUAUUAAUGCAGAGUCCACAAUCUCUAACAAGAAAGGUGCGUUCCAAUUUGGUGAAAUGGCUUCACAGACAAGUCCUUGUGUCCUUCGAAUAACGGCUAUGCGGCCAACGGGAUCUGGUGACAUAACAAAAAUCAAACAGUUUUCUGAAAUAUCCAUCCUAGGUUCUAAGGGAGUCACCCAGGCUAUCAGCAAGGAGGUAACACAAGGCAGUGGUGCGCAGUAA